AUGGAUGGUUCAGAAAAAUUGAAGCCCCUCCUCAUCGGGAAAGCAGCAAAACCUAGGUGUUUUAAAGGUAUCCAGUCAUUUCCCGUAACCUACCGCUCGAACAAAAAGGCGUGGAUGACAACGGAGUUGUUUAACGAGUGGUUAAAUUCAUUGAACAGCGACAUGAAAAAACAAAAUCGUGAAAUCCUCUUAUUCCUUGAUAACUGUUCAGUUCAUAACAACCCUCCAAAUCUCUCGAAUGUGAAACUUCACUUUUUUCCACCAAAUACAACAUCCAAGUUGCAGCCUCUAGACCAAGGCAUAAUUCAAAACUUCAAAGCAUUUUACAGACAUGAAAUAGUCAAGAUUGUACUGGAUGGAAUUGACAGUAAUGAAACUCCAAACAUCUCUAUUCUCACAGCCAUGUUGAUUGUUGAAAAAGCGUGGAAAAGUGUGAGUCAAACGACAAUAUUUAACUGUUUUCGUAAGUCUGGAUUCUGUGUUAACACACCCGAUGAAGAACUUCAAGUUGUACCGCCAACACCUUGGGAAUCUCACCCUGUAAUAGGAGAUGUUCCAUUUGAAGAUUUUGUGCAAGUUGAUGACGAAGUUGCAGUAUGGGGAACCCUUACUGAUGCUGACAUCUUGGCCGCUAAAGAUGAAGAACAACCUGAUGUUGAUAACGAUGAGGAAGACCAGGAGUUUCCCGCCUGUCACACUGAAGGAAGCCAGCACAUCCUUAGAAAAGCUGCGCCAUUUUUUUUCUCCAG